AUCUUAACACGCUAGACCUUUAACUCAGAAAUCAAAAUUUUUUAUUUUUGAUUUAUGAUCAAUGAAACUUUUGUGAACACAUUUGUUACAUUUUUACAAAUUAAUAAAUAAAUGUAAUUCAAAUUAUAUCGUGUUUGGUCUCAUUUUAAUCAGAAAUAUGUCACAAGUACGUUAGCGAAAGAUUAAUUUUAAAAAGGUCAAAAAUAAAAAUGUUUCUCUUUUAAAUUAGUAUCUAAUUGUAUUAUCUUUGCGAUAUUUAACAACGAAUUAUGUUACACUAUUCGAUCGCGGCGAGCCGCAAUGCUUCGCGGUAAACUAUGGGUGUAAAACCAACAGUGGGGAUUGCGACGGUCCGAUCUUUGUGCGCUCUUUUCGUGUAAUUAUUGAAUGUUUCUAUAUAUUCGAAGUUGUUAUGAAAAGUAAACGAUUCAAUUAAAAAAUAAAUGCAAAUAUUUUAUACUAAAAUAUGAUUAGAGGCACCAUUGCAAUCAUAAUAUUUAUACAUAUGUAAAUGUUGUUUCAAUGUGAAAGAAGAGGUUAUUUUUUACAGUAUUUUCGUGAUUUUGUAAGAUUCAGAAUUUAUAUAAAUAUUCGCUUCGAAAAUUAAUAUAUGUAUAGUUAUCGAUUGGAGGAUUUAGAUUAUAUUUAAGUUGUAUACAAUGGACGGAGUAGGAUUAUUUAAUACUUUUCUUCAAACACACCAACCUCAGUUAGAAUCUUCCGGGGUACCAAGAAUAUAUUGGCACGUUUUAUUUAAAAAACUUCAGUACCAGAUAUUUGAUUCAGGUCUGAUAUUUCAAUUAAUGAGAAUUGAUUACGAUAAUGAUGAGAAGGGCCAAAAGGAUCCUAUUUGGAAGCUCUUUGUUUGUUGUAAGGAAGGCAUUGCUGUUAAGGAUCCAAACAAUAUUUAUUUAAUAGAUCAUGCAUGGACAUAUGAUGCUAACAAUGCAAGGCAAAAUUUAUCAAAUAUUCCAGACCUAUUAGAUCGUAUGUGUUCCUUAAUGGGUUUUGACACAGAUGCAGAAGAAAAUGAAAAGAUAGAAUUUGUAUUAAAUGAAAUGUGGAGGUACAAUCAAUCUUUUUCUAUAAAUAGUGGUUCCAUAGAGGAUAGAAUGCCAGUUUGGUAUAUUAUGGAUGAAGUAGGAUCAGCAAUAAAUCAUAGUGAUAACCCCAACUUUAGAACAGUGCCUUUCUUGUAUUUACCAGAUGGUAUUACUUAUACACUUUUGUUUCCUAUAAAGGAUGUUGAUUACGAAGAAGAAGUUACAAGAAAUUUUAUAGAAGGACAAACAAAAGACCAAAGGAAACAGAAAGCGUUACUGUUACCUUGGAUAGAAAUAUCAUUUAUCGAAGAAAGCUUCUUGCAAAUUGAACCAGAUGAACAAUACUUUUUGGCAGGUCAUAUUUGUGAAAGUCUACCAGAAAAAUUGGAUUAUAGAUCUCUUGAAAGAGAUAAAAGUACGAAAUUAAAAGUUUUUUCACAAUAUACAUAUGUAAAUGAAUAUCUAAAUGACCCUGCAUUUGAAAUUGUGGCCGAUGAAGAUCAGGCAGAUAUUUUAUGGUACACCUCACAUUUCAAAGACUAUAAAAGAUUAAGUAUACAAUCACCGUACGUUUUUGUAAACCAAUUUCCAUUUGAAGAUGUUCUAACUGUUAAAGAUUUAUUGUCGAUUAUAUGUAGAAGGAAAGCAGGUGAAAGAUGCUUCAAUCCCAAUACACUCGAAACUUAUCCAGUUUGGCUACCAACUACUUACAACCUUAGUGUAGAAUUAGUGCAAUUUGUUGCAUACUUUGAACGGAGGAAGUCAAUGAAUUUAGAUAAUCAUUGGAUUUGUAAACCUUGGAAUCUAGCUAGAGGAUUAGAUACACACGUUACGAAAAAUUUGUUCCAUAUAUUACGAUUGCCUAGCACAGGUCCGAAAAUAGUGCAAAAAUAUAUUACAAAUCCCGUUUUGUACGACAGACCGGAAAUCGGAAAAGUUAAGUUCGACAUACGAUACGUAGUAAUGCUCAAAUGUGUACAACCUCUGCAAGUGUUCGUCUACAAAAAUUUCUUCUUAAGAUUUGCGAAUAAGGAAUUCGCUUUAAAUAAUUUCGACGUGUAUGAACAACAUUUUACAGUUAUGAAUUAUUCAGGAGACAUACCACUUUGUCACUUAAAGUGCGCGGACUUUAUCUUAGAAUGGGAGAAGCAAUACCCCGACUUUUCAUGGAAGAGAUGUGUCGAGCCAAAAAUCUUGCACAUGUUUAGAGAGGUUUUCGAGGCUGCAGUCGCGGUAAAACCACCAAAAGGAAUUGCGGAAAGCCCACAAAGUAGGGCUGUAUACGCGAUCGAUUUGAUCCUCGAAUGGAAAGAAGAGACGAUGCAGCCUAUGUUAUUGGAGAUUAACUUUGCACCUGACUGUAAACGAGCAUGCGAAUAUUAUCCAAAUUUUUACAACGACAUAUUCAAAUGCCUGUUUUUGGACUCUGAUAAUCCGGAAGUAUUUCACAAUUUGUACCUACAGCGGGAUUAAAUUUUUUAUACAUAAAUCGAAAUACAGUUCGCUUAAGUGCAUGCUCGAGCUAUAAAUAUCGAGAAACUAUUAACGAUCGUUUCGUGGUCAGCAUCGUGGCCAAACACACUUAUUUAUUCAAAGCAGGAGAGUUCCGUGUUUCGUAUGCGGUAAUGAGCUGAAGUAGAUCCAGUAAAUCUGCAUAUGCGAACGUUAAGGGUAUAUUUGCUCCGUAAAUAAUUUGCAGCUCCCAUAACUUGACGCUAUAACGGGAAGACUAUUGUAGUACCUAAUGGAAUAAUAAACGAGAGAGCAAUUGGAACAGUUUCACGACUGUCCACUUUGGCCAUCGCAUAUCCACGAGUGCGUGAUUAAUGCAGAAAGAUACUCAUAACGAUAAUGCCAACUUUUUAGCGAUAUCAUUCCUCCCGUGAAAAUAUAAUGAAUACGUAAUAAAGGUCGAUAUAUCGAAGCAUA